AUGGCUUCUCCUCCUCAUAUUGGGAGUCUCUCCCGCCUUCCCGCCAACUUGCGCGGUAGUAUUGAGUCUGUCAAGCGUGGUGGACAUAAUGUGUCUUGGCCUUUGCUAAACCUCGAUCUAUUGCGCAACGUCCUUCUCUUCCUCUUCUUUUGGCGAUGGUCCCGUCGCGCAUUCUGGCAGCUCAGAGGUCGCGGUAUCAUCGGCUCUGUCGUCGAGCUAUACACCAACAUCCGUCGCAUCCUUUACGGUUACUUCCUUCGAGCCCCCGGCGUGCGAGGCAAGGUCCAGCAGCAAGUCAACGAAUCCUUGGUCAAGCUAUCCGACAAGCUGGUUCCCAAAGACCAAAUCCGUUAUCUCACCCUUCCAAAGGAGGGAUUCUCCCAUGAUGUCGUGCGCUCCGAGCUCGAGAACCUAGCCAACAUGGACCAUACGCGCUGGGAGGAUGGUUAUGUCUCUGGUGCUGUGUACCACGGAGAGGAUGAGCUGUUGGCUCUGCAGACUGAGGCGUAUGGCAAGUUCACUGUCGCCAAUCCCAUCCAUCCCGAUGUCUUCCCUGGUGUGCGCAAGAUGGAGGCUGAAGUUGUGAGCAUGGUUCUGAGCAUGUUCCAUGCCCCUCCUGGAGCUGCUGGUACAUCCACUAGUGGAGGAACCGAUAGUAUCCUCAUGGCUUGUCUGGCUGCUCGUCAAAAGGCUUAUGCUGAGCGUGGUGUAACUGAGCCCGAGAUGAUUCUCCCCGAGACCGGCCACACUGCUUUCCGCAAGGCUGCUGAGUACUUCAAGAUCAAGCUUCACCUCGUCGCAUGCCCAGCUCCCGAGUACCAGGUUGACGUCAACGCUGUUCGACGUCUGAUCAACCCCAACACGGUCAUGCUGGUCGGCUCUGCUCCCAACUUCCCCCAUGGUAUCAUCGACGACAUCUCUGCUCUGUCCAAGCUCGCCCUUCGCAAGAACCUCUGGCUCCACGUCGACUGCUGUCUGGGUUCUUUCUUGGUUCCCUUCCUCGAGCGUGCUGGUUUCGAAACUCUGCUCUUUGAUUUCCGACUGAAGGGUGUUUCCAGCAUCAGCUGUGAUACCCACAAGUACGGUUUUGCGCCCAAGGGUAACUCGACUGUCCUCUACCGAACCGCCGAACACCGAAAGUUCCAGUACUUUGUCUCCCCUGAUUGGUCUGGUGGUGUCUACGCUUCUCCCGGUAUGGCUGGUUCUCGACCUGGUGCCCUCAUUGCUGGUUGCUGGGCUAGUUUGAUGACUAUGGGUGAGUCCGGCUACAUCGAUUCCUGCACCAAGAUCGUGGGAACUGCCAAGAAGAUCGCCGAGGCUAUUCAGACCACCCCGGCAUUGGGUGGCGAGCUUGAGAUCAUGGGAAAGCCGCUUGUCUCGGUUGUUGCUUUCACAGCUCGCAAUCUCAACGUCUACGAUAUUGCCGACGGUAUGGGUACCAAGGGAUGGCAUCUCAACGCUCUCCAGAGCCCCCCUGCUAUCCACGUUGCUGUCACUCUACCCAUCGCCAAGGUCUGGGAGAAGCUCAUCGCCGAUCUCGAAGCCGUCGUCGAAGAAGAGCGUGAGAAGGAGCGUGUCCGUCUUGUUGAGGGCAAGGGAACACAUGGUAAGGCCAUGGGUGACGCCUCAGCGUUGUACGGUGUUGCUGGCUCUUUGCCCAACAAGAGUGUCGUUGUCGAUCUGGCGAGUGGAUUCUUAGAUCUGUUGUACAAGGCGUAA